AUGGCUAAGAUGGAAGGCACGGAGAAUGGAUACUUCGACAUGGACAAACGAUCCAGGUCCAGAUCCGCAUCUCCAAGCUCGAUACACAGCGACUCUUUGUCAAUACAUCUUCUAUCUCCCUCCAUUACAAUGGCAUCUCUUACUGCACUGCAGUACUUACCGGUCCCACUGCUUGUCUUGUCUUCACAAAAGACCGUAGUUCUAGCAAACGAGGCCAUUGGCCGGCUCUUGGGAAUCGACUUUGAAAGUACCGCUUUCCACGGCUCUUCCAUUACAGAAGUUCUUCAAGAUAAGCCUAUGGGUGACCUUGGGAUUGAUCUUCUACAAGAUGGCUCACCGUUGUUGAUAACUUGGGAACAUUUCCUAAACACCGUUAUUGAGGACUCGAUUGCAAACAGCUCAGAUGCAGCUGAAGAGCACACAGAGAGUGGACACUCUACCCCUACAGCAGCAACGCCACAUCACCAUAAUGAAUCUACAGCAAACAAUGCAUUUCCACAACUAAGUAGCACGAAUCUUGCACGAACUACGGUACACGACGUGUCUGUCGAAGUAGUCAUUGCAUCGUUCGCUCAAGGCCCAACAUGUCUAGCCCAAAAAUUGGAGAGAAAAGGCUCAAACCCAGCAAUGGUAGCAACUUGCAUAGUCUCCAUCUGGAGCAUCGAGGAUACCCAGUACUUCACCUUGACUUUCACAAGUGCAGCAGCAGCAGAACCACCACCCCGCAGUGCGCAGCCUUCAAGCCGAAUCGUAACCCGAACGAAUGCUGCAUCCCAUCUCCGCAAGCCCCGUAGCUCCGGAUCAAGUUCCUCAUCUAGUCGCCGGUCAGAUGGUAACUCGAACUCGACAUCACAAGUUACUACGCCAACUCUGCAGCAGCCUGAAUUUCCUCCGCGUGGUCCACCUCGGAAGAGUAGCAAUGAUGUGUCCACUUCGGCAUCCGUCUUUCAAAAAGCUUCACAAUUGAAAGACGCUAUUCUUAAUGCUAUAAAUAUGCCAGCAUAUGCGAUGUGGAAAGAUGAAGGGUUUGGAAUACCGAAUAGGGCCCUGCUUCGAUUGAUGCCGAGAGAUGGAACAUAUAUGCCAGGCGAUCAAAGAGCGUUCCUGUCACAAUACACUGUAUGGUCCGAGGAUUUCCAACGCGAACUGCCUCUCGAUGAGUUUCCGAUCAUAGAGCUAUGCCGCACACAACAGCGCGUCGAGCAACGGCGAAUCGGUAUGCGACACCCGGUCACUGGCACUCGAAUCGUGUUUGAAAUCAGUGGGGAGCCUAUACUACACGAAGACACUGGAGAGUUCCUAGGUGGUAUUGUCAUUCUCAAGGAUAUCACGCAAUACACCAAGCAGAUUGCUGCGCAGAUCGAAGAGAACGAGAAGCAAUUCGAAUACAUUGCGAACUUUAUGCCUGUAAUGGUUUGGACAACAACGGCUGAUGGGAUGCACGACUGGUUUUCGCAGCGCUGGUACGAUUAUACGGGCUUGACGGUAGAUCAGUCAUUAGGCGAAGGCUGGCGACUCCCUUUCCAUCCGGAUGACAUGGCUGCAACAGCUAGUCGUUGGUUCCAUUCCUUGAAAUCGGGCGACGAGUAUAAUACCGAGUACAGGUGCCAACGAUACGACGGAGAGUGGCGCUGGAUGUUGGGGCGAGCGCUACCUUUCCAUGACGACUCGGGGCGCAUCGUUAAGUGGUUUGGGACAUGUACUGACAUCCACGACCUAGUAGUGGCACGGCAGGAAGCACGCCAGAUGAAGGAGCAACUGCAACGAGUCAUUGAACACGCUAAAAUUAUGCUGUGGGCUAUCAACCGGGACAAUAAGCUGAUCCUUCUGGAGGGUACCACGGAAAAGAACCAGAGGAAGGAAAGUCCACUGGGGAAGAAUAUCUAUGAUGUGUUCGGCAUGAAUGGCUUAGACCAGGAGCGUUGGCAGGAACCUAUUCGCGAAAUCCUCGACGGCAAACAAGCAGACGAAAUAGUAGAGAGAUAUACGUCGGGAGCUCGCUACUACCGCACACGCCUGGUGCCCUUUAUGAGUUCAUCCCGAAUAGCAGGCGUCGAAGGCAAUGCGUUUGUUGAUGGGGUCAUUGGCGUCUCUAUGGAUAUCACCGAGCUACGGAAGAGAGAGGAGCAGUUGAAGGAGCAAGAGAAGGAGAACUCUAGACUUUUGGCCAAUGCGGCAGCAGCGAAGGAGGCAAGUCGCAUGAAGUCUCAGUUCCUGGCCAACAUGUCGCACGAGAUUCGCACACCGAUAGCGGGUGUCAUCGGUAUGAGCGAGCUUCUCUUCGAUAUGAAUCUCGAUGAAGAGCAGAAAGAGUGCGCGGAGAAUAUCCAUCGGUCAGCAAACAGUCUCCUGACUGUGAUCAACGACAUCCUCGACUUUUCAAAGGUAGAAUCUGGACGAUUAGACGUUGAAGAGGUGCAGUUUAGUCUCAGUGUGGUCCUACAGGACGUCAACAAAAUGAUGUCUUUCGCAGCGCAAAGGAAAGGUUUGGCGUACGAGAGUGCUAUCCAGGCGGAGGUCCAAAAAGAUUUGAGGGUGAUGGGAGAUCCAGGCAGGUUGAGACAGAUUCUGACCAACGUCCUAACCAACAGCAUCAAAUUCACAUCGGUGGGGUUGGUCAAGCUUACAGUAUCGAUCAGCCAAGAGACAAAAGAUGUUGUUACCGUUAAUUUCGCAGUGAGCGACACGGGUAUCGGAAUCGAAGAGGAGGUCAGGAAGCGUUUAUUCCAGCCCUUCAGUCAGGCAGAUUCGUCCACGGCUCGUAGAUUCGGCGGCACGGGUCUGGGGUUGACGAUCAGCAAAAACUUGGUCGGGCUGAUGAAAGGCAAUAUCUGGCUAGACUCUCGGCUUGGUCAAGGAACUACCGCAACGUUUUGGAUACCAUUCAGCAAAGCACCUUACCAGGACGACGGCUCACCUUUGGUCAAUCUCGAGUCUAUCCCAGAUCGUCUCCAAAGUGAUGUGUCAGUAUCUGUCGGCAGCGCUGAAGAUCGCACACCACCACUAACACCGAAUAUCUUUAACGGGCACUCCCGCCUCCCAUCAUUUCCACUCUUGAACACUAAUAUUCCAGAUCAUCUUAUGAACCUGUCGGAUAGCGAGAGACAGAAUUUCCAUAUUCUGAUUGUGGAGGACAACCAUAUCAAUCAACAGAUUGCCUUGAAGACGAUCAAGAAGCUGCACUUCUCGGUCAAUGCUGUUUGGAAUGGCCAAGAGGCUUUGGACUACCUUAUGAAGGAAUUCGGGCCAGGCCAUCCGCGUCCUGAUAUCAUCUUGAUGGAUGUCCAGAUGCCUAUCAGAGACGGGUACAGUGCCACGCAUGCCAUUAGGACCGAAGCAGCCUGGAAAGAUAAACCCGAAAUUCGGAGCGUCCCAAUUGUCGCCAUGACGGCCAGCGCUAUUCAGGGGGACAAGGAGAAAUGCACCCUUGCUGGUAUGGACGACUACUUGGCCAAGCCCGUCAAAGGAAAACUACUCGAGAAGAUGCUUGUCAAGUGGGCGAUCGAGGGACGGCGAAAAACGGCGAGGAGAAAACUACCCACAAACGACAAUGAUCAACAUGGCGUCGCGUCCAAAUCGGCCCCAACUGCCGUAGCAAGCCUUAGCGCAAAAGAUCAUCCGCAGGUGCAAGGUUUCCCGAUCGAACCUGAAACAACGGCGCAAGCACUAGCUGCUCGACUUCACCGCCUCCACUACCAAAGUGAUGCGGCCCUUGCGAGAACCACCGAGGACGAGGGUGACAGGGCUAUACGGCGCAUUCAUGCCGAAGAGAGAGAUACCAAGUUGCGUGACGACAAAUUACUCUCUCUCGGUGGGCCGCAGCUGUUCCACCAUCAUGGUGCUCAGGAGGGGGACAUUGACCCCUCGAUGCCGCUUACUGAGGAAAACAUCGAGAAGCUCGUACACGAGCAGGCGGACGCGGAUUCCAUCGUGCCACGGAACUUGGACUCACCUGAUGCAAGCUCGAGCAUAGUCAACCAACCUCAAAGUCGAAGUGAUAGUAGACAAGGACUCCUGCUGCCUCGGCCGGUCCUGCCGAAGGCUGGACUGCGUGAGAGCGAGCAAACGAUUACAGAACGGAACGCGAGUGAUUCGGAGCGCAAACGCUGA